GGAGCCACCCGAUACCGCAAGCCCGAGCGUGAAAUCGCGGCCAGAGCCAGCGCGGCCGCAAAGGAAACUCGCAAGGAGGCGGCAAAGCGGAGGAGGCAUGACAUAGCACAGCAGGCGGCAAUGGAAGACCACCUAACCCACUCAAGUCUUUCCUGGACACUGCCCGUCCGCCAAAGAAAUACUCCUGGAUGGAGGGUGGUGAGAGGCAAUGUGGAGAGGGUUCAGAAGGGGGUGGACUAACAGUGGCAAAACCUGGGUACGAGGCGGCCAACGAGGGGAAGCGGCGAAAACUCAAUCCUUGGAAAUAACACCUCUGUCUAGGCUAAUUAAAGUGGGUUUAUCAUAUUCUUCCUGUACUGGCUUCUUCCUUUCCUCUCCAUUCGGCUCAAACCCAUCAGCCAGCCCAGAGAAUGGUUUGUAACUUGCCUCCCCUCCAUUUCCAUUCAGAACAAGCUAACUAGAGCACAGGAGAAUAUUGCGAAAAGCCACCCGACAAAAAAACCACCCCAAUAAAACUUGUCAGAUUUCCUCUUCCCCCGAAGCAAUGGUGGAGCAAGAGCAAAUAUCGUUCUUGAUUUGACUGUUUACCCAAAAGUCCUGUAUUUUUUGUUAUGUUUUGUAUUUGCUCUCCGGGGUGCGUGGGUGGGCACCUCAACCAUUGUCGUUUUAUAUAUACUGUGGUGUUGGUGUGUUUUUUUGUUCUGAAUGCCAAUAGCGGCAGAGAAAGCACAUGCAAUCUCUGUCGUUAGAUGGCUACAUAUCCUUUCCUCAUGAUAUACCUAGCUAAACCUGCCACGUUCUGUGUAGUUAGUGAUCGAAAGCUCAAUGUGUGUUUGCUGGAUGUAGUUAGGAUCAGGUGUUCACAGAAACAAUGCCCCGGAGGAUUUCAAAAUUUUGUUUCCCAAUACUCUAUCCAUGUAUCAUUAGCAUCCAACACGAUGGUUAUUCUGUUAGAUCAGUUAAAGUAAGACAUACAUCCACGGCCUGUAAGUCACAUGAAAUGGUACUGCAAUGCAUGAAA